AUGGCCAACUCUGCUGCCUUCGAAGCCAUGUUCCGUGGCCACCUAGCCCAUCUCACCUUCAAUUCAAAACCCAUUAUCACAAACCUCACUCUCAUUGCACAGGAAAGUGCCCAAAGAAUGUCCACUAUCGUGGCGAAAAUUUUAGAUGACCACAUUCUCAUGUUGUCUCACGCUUACGUGCAGGCCGCGCCGCCUCAUCGGCUCCCGGCACUAUACCUCAUUGACUCUAUUUGUAAGAACAUUGGGUCGCCGUACCCUGAGCUGUGGAGCCCUCGUAUCGUGACCCUGUUCAUGGAAUCGUACCGUGUUGUGGACCAACCUACAAGGCGACGCAUGGAGGAGCUCUGGGCCACAUGGCGCGAUGCUGGACCUGCAGGGCGACCUCUUUUUGGCGAGAAUGCGCAACAGACAAUUGAGCGUUUGCUGUUUGGUAGUCAGGGCGCUCCCGUCCGUUCGACAGGGCCUUCGCAGGCGCAGGUCGUGGCGAACAUUGAGCGUAUGUUGGCGCUCAAGACGCAGGCUCUGGCGCACAACCCUACCGACGUUGCUAUCCAGGAACAGAUCGAGACACUGCGGGAGCUGAAAGACCGGAUCAGCAACACGGCGACUUCUCCGGAACUGCUGAGUGACGUGCAGAAGCAAUUGGAUGUUCUGUCGCGCCCUCCCACUACGGCGCCACCCAGCUCGAACGACACUAAUGCGCCUGCACCUGCAGCUCCUGGGCCUGCGUCUGCAUCGGAGCUGAUUGCGAACCUUAUGAAGGCGGGCCUGCUGCCGGCGGCAGCGCCCAAGGCUGCGAGCCAGGACCAACUCUACACAGACUACAUUAUGUCGUUGGAGGUCCGCAUGUCGACGGUGGACUUGUCACGCACGUCGGCAGAGCUCGAGCUGCUGAUACGCGAUCACCUUCCGCUUCAGUGUCGCCAAUGUGCAAAUCGAUACCCUGAUGGGGAGGCCGGUAAGCAUGGCCUAGAUGACCACUUGGAUUGGCACUUUACCCAAAAUCGGCGUGCACGCGCCAGUGUGUCUCGUGGUCAGAGUCGGGCCUGGUUUGAUCCGAUCUCGCGGUGGAUCCGCAGCGGCUUUGAUGAUGAUAUGCACGAUGCCGCCAAAGCAUCAGACGCAUUUGCCGUCGAGGAACCGGAGCAAGAGCGCGUCCUUCGGGAGAAAAUCGCGGCGUCUUAUGUUUCGGUACCACUUGAUGCGGAUGUGGCCGCUCGCCCGUGCCGCAUCUGCCAAGAAAAGUUUCAGAGCGAGUGGAGCGAAGAUGUGGAAGAGUGGAUCUGGCGCAAUGCUGUACUGAUGGAUGGCAUCUACUACCAUGCAAGCUGCUACUAUUCUGCUAAGUCCAUGUCGGACAGUGUCCAGGCCGUGGCAGCAGCCGCAAUGACCGCCACGCCAGCCACUGCGACGGCGCCCUCCGUCGAGGCCCCUGUCGAGGCGUCCUCCGAGGUAAGUCUCAAGCGGAAGGCGUCACCAUCGCCGAUACCGGACAAUGAACCUGCCAAGAAACCGGCCCCUAUUAAGCACGAAGGUGAGGAUGCAUGA